CUGUAAACAAAAGGCAAGUGAUAACAAACCAGAUUGUUCGGUUUGAUUUGGAAAAGAAACAAUGCCAAGACAGGCAAAACACCACUUUUCCUUUUCGUGAGGGUGCCGUUGUGAUCAGUGAUGGUCGCAGAAUAUUAAUACUUGGAGGCAAACAAUUUGAUGACAUGGGUGGUCAAGCUUGUAGUCUUGUGGAUAUUUAUAAGGAUAUAUUGUAUAACCAAGCAUGUUGGACACGAGGGAAAGACAUGCAAGUUGCGAGAAGAAGCUUUGCAGCUGUGAAACUUCAUUCUAAAAUAUAUUGUUUCGGUGGUAUUGGUUUAUACAAUGAUCAAUUAUCAAGCGGUGAAUUCAUGAACAUUGCUGAUGGAGUUAACAAUGUUAACAAACAACAUUCCCUUUCAACUUGGUGAAGGUUCUGCUUGUUGUGUUGGUGACCACAUUGUUAUGUAUGGAAGUACCCACGAACAGGGUCGAACUUAUAGUUUUGAAGAUUUAUUUUCUUGAUAACGAUGUCCGUACAAGUUGAAAAUCCCUUCGGGUUUGUGAAUCUUCCAUUUAAUUUUUCCGAUGGAGUAUUAGCAGGCGUGACUGCGCAUCAAGUAAACGUUCCAAAAGUUGUAUUUUCCGGCUUAAUUUGUGGAUUCGGUCUCGUCGGCAAUACGGCGGUGAUGUUUGUCAUUCUGGUUUUGCAAGAAUAUAAAAAGUCUGUGACGCACUGGUAUGUUCUUCAACUAGCCAUUGCUGAUUCGUUGUUUCUUCUGACUCUUCCUUUUAAAAUGGUGGAAGAUGUUAACGGUAGAUGGAUUUACCCCGAGUGGAUGUGUAAAGCUAAGGAAACGUUGCUUUUCCUUAACUACUACGCUUCUAUUAUAUUUCUUAUGGUUAUGAGUCUUGACCGUUACAUUGCCGUAUGUCGCCCGUUUUCCACUCCACUUCAGAAACUGAGAAAACCUGUUUCUUCAAUGAUUAUUACUGCUGUUACAUGGCUUAUUGCACUGCUAAUGUGCAUACCAAUCAUGCUAUACAGUUUUAAAGUUGGGCAAAAAGGAUCGUGUAUCUGCACCUAUCGGUUUCCCCCGACCAAAGCAGGUACUGGACCAGAACCACACUGUAGAAAACCCAUCGUCUUUAACAUAAAUGACUUUGGAAACAACUUAACUGGAACGGAAGGAUUCGGAAACAACCUUGCGGGCUCUGGCAGUUCUACUGACAUAUCUUCGGAAAUUGAAAUGCCACUUUUUUCUACUGUCAACACAACAAUGGCGACACAGUUUGAUUUCGAUUCAGCAAUUGCACCAGAGUGUCAUUAUUUGUUUCGACCGCGCGGUUGGUCGGUCUUUCAUGUCUACAACUUCGUAGUCAUGUUUUUGAUCCCGUUUUUGAUCAUGGUAGCGUGCUAUGGUCUUAUUAUACACCGGCUCUCGACUACGCGCAUGAAGACUGAGAACAUGCAAAGGAACCCGACGCCCGGAUCCAGUAAGGAACGUAAACCGUCUUCUCGGUCGGAUAAUGAUCGAAAGAGAAUCACUAUCAUGUGUGCCGCACUUGUUGGGUGUUUUGUAUUCUGCUGGUUGCCCUUCCAUGCAAUACAUAUGGCAAAAAUAGCCGGGAUAAAGGAAAAGCAAGCCGUCUGCGUUACACUACCAAUAAUAGGAUCUCUGUUGGCUUACUCUAAUUCGUUGUUGAAUCCGUUUCUGUACGGUGUGUUUGGGACACGUUUUGCAAAGCGUUGGUUGUCAGCAACUUCUACCGUCAGUAAGUCAAUAAGAAUCCGAACUAGUUCUUCCGGAAUUGGUUCUGUUCGUUUCACAAAGAAACAAUCUGGAACAAAAGAUUCAAGCACUGUUAAUGCAACCACUGAGACAAAAAUCGAUAAAAAAGUGGAACUGACAUCCAAGAAUCAACCAAAUACGACCGUAACUGUGCAUUCACAGUUGAUACCGUGAAAGCUGAACCAAUAGAUCUCGACAACGGAAACGGAGAAAUACAAAAACUAACCGAUGAAAAUAACUAAAUUUUGCAGUGGCAUUUUAAUAUAUAGUAAGGUUAGGGAAGACGGGGGGCGCCUUAUCCGGAUCGUGUUUUAAACAUUUAACAACGGUGUGUGGAAGUCGUAGUAAACAAAGAACAUUUAAAAAUUAUAAAAAAUUGAUCAAAGUAUUUGGAUAUUAUCUGCUAAAUUUGUUCCAUCUUCUCCCACCCUGCUAUAUUAUGAAUAUCAUAUUUAACAUUCUGACGUCACCAUUUAAUGAUUUUAACCUACGGGUAUCCUUAAACUGUAUCCUUAAACUGUAUUAAUCAUUUUUAUCGUGUGCCCACAUAGUGUCAAAACUUUUUCGUGUAACCAAGGGAAUUUACCGUAUGCCUAUAGUGUUAAAACUUUUUCGUGUAACCAAGGGAAUUUACCGUAUGCCUAUAGUGUUAAAAUCGUUUUUUUUGUGUGACCAAGAAAAUUUGCGCGUACAGUGUUAGGUCCCACUGGUACCCACUGUAUAUAUAUACAUAUAUAGAGAUUUGGGUCGAAUUUUUACUUUAAAAGUGCCCAAAACAUGUUCAGUGAUGGUGACCAUAAUAUACGUUACGUCGUAUGUAUUCUCGUCAAUAUUAUGUUUAGUAUUACAACGACUGGUGUUCCCGCCAUGUGAAAAUAAAUAAGUGAAAUUCAUUCAUUUAUUAAACCGUGUUCUAGAUUGUACCUUAAAUGAUUUUUGUUGGUUACGUUUUUGUAACACCAGAUCAGGGGGAUCCACCCCCCUUUGCGGUCUCUUGCGAUUAUUAUUUUAUUUAAUGUAAGUUAUAACUUGUUUUCCUUGCGUGGCCAGGAAUGGCAGUCGUUAUAACACCAAUGUUUUUUUUCAUACAUAUCUUUUGUCAGCCUAAUUUUCUCUGUAAUUAUUAUUAUUAUUAUUAUUUUAUUUAAUGUGAAUUAAAACUUGGCUGGAAAUGACAGUCG